AUGCACGUGGAUCCCAACACCAGCCUCGCGGCCCAGCGCGUGCUAGCGGCGCACAAGGCGAAGCACCUGCACGUGGAGGUCGAUUCCCCAUCUGGCGUCCCCUCGCACGGGGGAAACUCAGGCGGGGUUAUCGCGGCACAAGAGGGUCCGGAGUUCCGCGAGCCGGCGCAGCAGCAGCAGCAGCUUCCUCCGAUUCAGGCUCAGGCGCAGGCGGUUCCAGGCGAAGCGGCUACCGUUCCGCAGCCGCUACUGUCAAAGUCAGGCCGGCCUGUUGUGCGGAUGCUCGCCGUCCCGCCAAAACUGGAGCCGAGAGACGGAGUUCAGAAGCUGCGUUGCGGAAAGUGCCUCAAAAUCUCCAAGUUCUCCGUCUUCGUCCCUCCCGCCGGCGGCGUUCCCGUGCUCAUGCCCCUUUCCGCCUCCGGCCCUCUCCCCGGUCCGCCCUCUGUAGCUGUUUCGCGUGGUGCGGGCCAGCAACCUCUGUCUGUGCAGCCGCAGCCGCCGCCGCAGCAGCAGCAGCAAGGGCAGGCGGUGCUGGAGGAGAAGUGGCUGCAGCAGUCACCGCAAGGUGUAGCCCUCCAGGCUUACCAGCAACAGCCGCAGUUCCAACAGCCUCAGGGCGUGGGUCCCGUGCAGCCGCAGCAGGCGCGGCUGCCUUCCCCGCAGCUCAUGCAGCAGCAGCAGCAGCAGCAUGCAGCGCAGCAGGGUUAUGGACAGGGUUCGCAGGGGCUGGUGCAGCAGAUGGGCGGGUUGAGCAUGGGUGAGUCGUUCAGUCAGCAGCCGUACGCUAUGGCGCCUCAGAUGCCACAGGGGAUGGGCCUGCAGGGAGGGAUGCAGCAGAGCUUGGGGCAACAGGGCAUGGGGCAACAGGGCAUGGGGCAGCAAGGCAUGGGGCAACAGGGCAUGGGGCAGCAAGGCAUGGGGCAGCAGGGUAUUGCGCAGCAGGGCAUGGUGCAGCAGGGGAUGGGGCAGCAGGGCAUGGGGCAGCAGGGGAUGGGGCAGGUGUAUCAGCAGCAGGCUCAUGCACCUGGGCAUAUGCACCCUCCACAACAGCAGCAGGCGGUACCUCAAUUCCAGCAACAGAUGGCCGGAGGAGCGCAGCAGCAGUAUGCCAACUUCGCACAGCCAGGCAUGGCUGGGCCUGGAGGGUUUAUGCCUCAGCAGCAGCAGCAACAGCAGCUGCAGCACCCUCACCAGCAGCAGCAGCACAUGCAAUUCCAGCAGAUGCAGAAUCAGCCCAUUCAACAGCAGAUGCAGCAGCAGGUGAUGCACCAGGGACAGGGUCAAGGGCAGCAGCAGAUGGGUCAUCUCGUGCCCCCACAUGCCUCUCAAUCUCCCGUGCAGGCGUCAGGCUUUGCAGCUAGCCCUCUAUCCCAGAACCACUCACCCUCCAUGCCCAUGUACCAUCAAAACUCAGGCCCUCCGCAGCAACAACAGCCACUCCACCCGUACCAGCAGCAGAGCCCCAUGCAGGGUCGCACUCACAUGGGCAAGGUAGCAUACGGGCAUCAAGCACUCAGACCUCCUCUUUCUGGAGGAAGCAUAGGGGGCCACCUGGAGAGCGAGGAGGGCCUGCCAAGGCAAGGGUCGGGGAAACGGUUCCCCAAGCAGCCGCCACAGCCCCCCAUGGACCCACAAGCUGCCACCAGACGGUACCUUACAGGCCCAGGAAAGACCCUGGCGUCGUCUAUCGGCUUUAGAAGCGCGUCUCUCAACGAGCACCAGAUGCAGCAGCAGCAGCACGGGGGUGCGGGGAUGGGAGCGCCUGCAGACCUGCCCUUCAGGCGCACAGCCACGGAGUACAGUGGGCCGCCUGGGCGGGCAGAUGCGAUGACGGUGGCGCCUAGAAGCUCAACGCUGGGCGGCGAGGGGCAGUACCGGCGCAAGGUGUAUAUGAACGGGCAGCCCGUGCCUGACAAGCUUGUGUUCCUGGCUGAGAGGCGGAUUGGAACGAUUGAGCCAGGCAGCUACUGGUAUGUUGUGCACUGCUUUCUUUAA